AUGAAACUUUUGGUGGCAGCUAUUGUGUUGGUUGGUGCUUGCUCGGCACUUCCAGUCAAUAAUGACGAAAAGAAUGCCUGGAUGUACAGUGGUAAAACCGAAGGCGACAUGAUUUUGACUCCGGAGCAACAUCUGGCCCGUUGGGGCCUCCUGAGCCGAAAUGGCCUGGUCAACACCAGAUAUCGUUGGCCCAACAACGAAGUGCCCUACGCCAUCGUCAGCGGAUAUUUCAAUCAAGCCCAAGUCGACUACAUUCACCAGGCGGUUGCAGAAUUCGCUAAAGUGUCUUGUUUAAAAGUCAGGCCGAAAACCGCCAACGACCGCCAUUACGUCCAAGUCACGGGUCAGAACACGGGUUGCUACUCCAGCGUCGGCUACCUAGCCGGCGUCCAGACCAAUCUGGCGCCGUACCAACCGGGCUACGGAUGCUUCCGAAAGGCGACGAUCCAGCACGAAUUCCUGCACGCCAUCGGAUUCUAUCACCAGCAAUCGACUUACGACAGGGACGACUACGUCACCAUCAUGUGGAACAACAUCACACCUGGAAUGGAGUACAAUUUCGAUAAGUUCUCAUCGAGUGUUGUGCAGAAUUUUGGAACGACUUAUGAUUAUAUGAGUGUUAUGCACUAUGAUGCCUUCGGGUUCUCGAAGAAUGGUUACAGGACAAUCGUUACAAAGGAUCCCGCUAUGGCUGAUGUCAUUGGACAAAGAGCCAACUUGAGCCAGAAGGACAUCAUAAAACUAAAUGCUAUUUUUGCAAAUCCGACUAGAGACAGGGGUAUGAUGUGGAUGCGAAGUGGUAAAUACGAAGGCGACAUGAUUUUAAAUUCUGAACAAAUGUCUGCGAUGAGAGGAGAAAUCACGAUGGAUAUGAAAAAAUAUCAUUGGCCUAACAAUAUUCUGCCUUAUUAUAUAAUGCCAUGUUUUAAUCAAACAGAGAAAAAUAUAAUUCAGGAGGCUGUUAAAAAAUUUGCUGAAGUAUCUUGCGUCACUGUCAGACCCAGAAGAAAAGGCGAGAACAAAUACGUGCAAAUAACAGGCGAAAACGAAGGAUGUUAUUCAUACGUAGGAUUUAUGAAUAAUGUCCAACAACUGAAUUUGCAAAAAAAUGGUUGUUUACACGACUAUAUUAUACAACAUGAAUUCCUGCACGCUUUGGGAUUCCAUCACCAGCAAUCUGCUUACGAUAGAGAUAACUACGUGACUGUUUAUGAAGAAAAUAUUGCAAAUGGAAGUGAAUACAAUUUCGUCAAAAUUCCUUCGACCAUGAACCAAUAUUUUGGCACCAGUUACGACUACAAAAGCGUCAUGCAUUAUGAUUCCUAUGCGUUUAGUAAAAACGGCCAAAUAACUAUAGCGCUGAAGUCCGGUACACCAAACACAAUUGGAGACAAUAAAAAGAUGACUGAAAUGGAUAUUCAAAGAUUAAAUGGCAUGUAUUGCAGUGAAGAUAAUAAAUUGUAA